UUUGUCAACAGAGAAAAAACAAACAAAACAAACGUAAGCUAAAAAAUGGGAAUACUGGCCGGGAUCGGAGUUCUGUUGCCAUUUCCGUUCUACUGGUGGCUAUGGACAAAUCCUCAGUCAUGGGUCAAUCUCUGCGGCCGAGGAAGAGACCCAUCGGCGGUGAUGGCGCGUGUAUCUCACGUCCUCAAGGCUGCUCAACUCCUCUCUCUCUUCUCCGUCGCGUCUCUCUCCUGGCCACCUCCGCUCUACUUCUGGCCCCUAAUGACCUUUGGCCAGUUUCUCAACUUCAGAGUAUACCAACUGUUAGGUGAAGCUGGAACAUAUUACGGUGUUCGAUUCGGGAAGAGCAUACCUUGGGUUACAGAGUUCCCAUUUGGUGUUAUUAGAGAUCCACAGUAUGUUGGGAGUAUCAUGUCUCUAUUGGCAUGCCUCUCCUGGGUUCCAUUCCAAUACAUUCUCCUCUGGUCUCUCGGUUACUUUUUCAUGAUGUUUCUGGAAUCAAAGGAGGAUCCUAGUGCUCGCGCCAAACCCCUCUCCUGAUUCAUCAGCAUAACCCACUGGUUAGAUAUAACGUGUAGGUCUUGUUGUUUGACUGUUUACUUUAUGAGUCUGUAUCCUCCCUAUUGUAAGCGAACUUGCAGAUACCUUAUCCUCUCCUGUUUCUCUCAACUAUGAGAUUAUAUUUGCCCUUUAUGGUAAAGCCAAUGAUGGACCUUCCUUUUUAGCA